UCAGUGCAGAGAUCUAAUACAUACUGAGAAAGCACAAAGGAACAUCAUUUUCUUACACCUCCCUCCUCUCACAAUGCAGCUGCCAGGCCUUAUUGGUUUCAUUUCAGUAUUGAUUCUGGCUUGUAAUUCAAAAGAUACAAAAUGGAAAAUAAAGGUCGAAGGAAACAUCCCAGCACAAUCUGGAUCAACCGUUACCAUACAAUGCAACUUUAGCUAUCCAAAGGAAAUCACCACUAAUAAUGUUACAGUUUUUUGGAAAAUGUCAUCAGUAGAUGACAAAAGUAACUGCAGUGAUGGGGAAAAAAACAGGAAGGCAUUUGUUUUUAACCCAAAUAAUGACUGUGUGCUUAAGAAGUACAGAGGAAAGACUAAGCUCAUUGGAGACCCGAACAAGGGCAACUGUUCUCUCCAGAUCACCGACAUCACAGAUAUUGAGCAAGCGAUUUAUGUAAGAAUUGAUGUGCAGGAAGAUAAAUACAGUUUCAUCAAGCACCCUGUCCGUGUCUCAUUUUCCAUAAAUGGGACGGGGGCUUCUAAUCCAGCAAAAGCAAAUGAAAACGACACGAGCCAUGCAACAAUACUGUCUGUAGCCAUCCCUGUAGCAGUUCUUGUGGUGAUCAUUCUUCUUGUUGCUGGGAUAUUUAUUUUUAUAAAAUACAAGAGGUCACGCAGUCUCACCAGGGAGGACUCUGGAUACUAUGCAAACUUUAGCAGAGCACUAUCAAACCCACCCAAAAGAGAAGUCAGUUGUGACAAACAAACUAAGAAGCUGCCUGAAGGGAAAGCUAUUGAUGAUCCUGUUUACAUCAAUGUCAAGGCUCCAACAAAUCACUUGGCUCCAAACAGCAGUUGUGCAGACAAUAUAUAUGCAAAUGUGGAUUACAGAACUUAGAAGGAAAGCUGCAUGUCAUUAGUGUACGAUGCUUUCUACACAUGUUCAUGUGUAUGUAUUACUAUGUGCCUCUAUACAUUUCAGGCAGGUCUUAAUAUUUUUUGUCUUUUUUGAGAGUGUUCACAUAUGCCCAAAAAAACCCUGACUAGUCGCUGUGGGUUCAACUGAAGGGUGAAAACACUCUAAAUGACAAAAAAAAAAAAAGCCUGCACAGCAUUGCAAAACAAUGAUAAUUCCCUUUUUGCGUACUUGUGAUUGCAGACCUUCAGAUGGUCAGACAAGAAUGUUGUUUCAAAACAUGAAUUUAUGUAAAAAUGAUAUAGCAUAAAAUCAGAAGUGAGAUGUCAGUGUUAGAGAUGGGGAACAGUAAGCACACAGUAACAAUAAUCUUUCUCCAACCCUAACAACAUUACUUUUGUCAGAAAAAGUCUUCUCCUAGCCUUACUUGUGGCAUAUUGUGUAAUUGGAGAAUACAAACCUGUUAGGAUUGAAAAUUAGGAAGGAUUUCAUUUUUUUGUCAAAUGCUUUGGGGUUUUUUUUUUUUUUUUAAGAAAUCUGCCAUUGCAAUGUUCUUGCCCAGUUUGCCUAAUACAGGCAAUAUAUGCUGGUGAGCAUAACAAUACUGUAACCAAUACUGAUGACAGUAACUUUGCCAAAUAGUCUGUAGCAAUAAAUAAAAACAGCAACUUUAUUAAUAUA